AUGCCAUCAGAUGUCCCCUCAGAGCCAGACUCCAUACGCCGCAAUAUCCGACUGAUAGCCAGCUGGUGGCAUCUCUUCGUCUUCGUCAUCCAUCCCGCCUUCUCGUGGAGCAUCAUCUUCUUCAUUGUCCCUAUCUUCAGGAUUCCAUAUCUCGGCGAAUACCUGUCCGUGAGGUCUUUUAUUAUCUUUUACAUAGUUUAUGUCAUUGGGACCAUUUGGCUGGAGUUUUACGUUGCGGAUGGGAUCAAAGCUCAGCUACAGCAGCAAGGCUACACGCAAAGGCAGACAACGAGGCGGCAGACCGAUCUUCUACUCAAUCUCGCGGUGCUGGUUGCGGCGUUCUAUUGGGCGCAGGGCCUUGCGGAGAAGGACAUUGACCUGAGUCAGACUGCGGAGAACGCGAUCAUAGSAUUGCUGUGGUUGAUCUGCUGGGUUGGCUUUACAUUGGCUUCCAUCGGACCAGUCCUCUGGUACACUGUUCGUGUGGGCUAA